AUGCCACCGCACAAGGUCAUAGUGGUCGGGGGUGGCAUCGCGGGAAUUGCAUGCGCACUGGCCAUGUCCCGCGAACUGUCACCCUUUGUGCCUAAUCUGCAAAUCACCGUGUUUGAGCGGCAUGAGGUUCUCUCGACCUCGGGCGGUGCCAUCAACCUAACCCCCGUGGCACAGCGCCAUCUCGCCCAGUUGGGGAUUUUGGCAGAGCUGGAUCGAAUGGGGCCCGAUGGAGGAGCCGACGUGGAUGCCAUCGAGCUCUUCUCCAUGCGUUCGGGUCACUCCAUCGGCUCCAUUGACUUUACCGACCAGGACGGAAAUGGCUUUGGAGGGUAUAAAGGCCGACGGGUCAUGCGCAUCGUCUUGUCGAUGGCACUGAUGAACGUGGUUGAGUGCACCCGUAAUGUCGAGAUUGUGUUUGGGAAGAAGGUCGUCGGUGGAGCAGAAAUCAAUGACCAGGCCGUGGUGCAGUUCGACGAUGGAACCGAGGCAAUCGGGGAUUUGGCUAUUGGCUGCGAUGGCGUUCACUCGGCGAUUCGCACGCGAUGGGUUGACCCUGACCGGCCGUCGGAGUAUACGGGGAUGUCGUUUUUGCAGGCCACCAUGCCGUCCGACAGCGUUUCGUCGCGCAUUCAUUUCCACUCAUCAGCACUGAAUAUCUCGCGCCACGGGUCAAUGCUGACCAGCUAUUGUGACCGCGACCGCCAGCAGAUUUUCACUGCUGCCAUUGUGCAGUUCAAUCAGGACGAUUUCAGCCGCUAUCGACUCGAACCAGGCCAAGAUUGGUCUACGCAACACCGAAUCAAAGGCGCGCUGCGCGACGAGAUUCGCUCCCGCUUCGGCAAAUCCGCUAUCCCCUGCGUCCGGGAAAUGGUGGAAAGCAAAGCAGACUGGGUGCUCUAUCCAGUGUAUCAAGUUCGUCCGGGAGGGAAAUGGUGUCUCAACCGCGCCAUUCUGCUCGGGGAUGCAGCCCACGCCAUGCCGCCGCGAGAUGAGUCGGCUGCGUAUGCGCUGGAUGACGCGAUUCUUUUUGCUCGCGUUCUGGCACGCUAUCGCUCGGAGCCACUGGUAGAGGUGUUCAGUGCCUAUGAAGGUCUCCGCCGUGAUACCAUCAAUUACGCAUUCAAGCAGUCGCGUCGAAUGUGGGAUCGAAAUCGCGACAUGGGAUUUCUAGAGGGGCGGUUGAAGGAAUGGAUGAUGCCGUUCUCCCUGCGCAGUCACCGGGAUGAGCGCGAGGCCGCCUGGGAAUUUGACGCGACCAAAAUUGACAUUCCAACCCCAGUGCCCAGCGAGGAUAUGGUGUCAUUGCAUUCUUUCCUCAGGGAGCGUGCCCCCUAG